GAAAGCUUUAAAACACAGGAUAAUGAUGAAUGCCUUAGAUUCAAACCAUAUAGCCAUCAGAAGUCGUUUGAACAUACACUAAUUAGUGGCUAGCUAGCUAGUACUACUGACCUUCCCUCAAAGUGACGUAGCCUAUAAUUUACAAACCACUUCGAUAGCUAGGCUUCGUAGCAAAGAGGCGGGCUACAGUUAGCUAAACAGACAGCAAAGAGGGCUGGCACUUCAAGGUGUGUUUCAUGUAUUUAAUAACAUUCCACACUGAUUCCGCUCCAUGCAUUACCAUGAGCCCGUCCUCCUCAAAUGUGCCACCAGCCUCCUGUGACAAAGUGAUUGACUAGGUAACGUUCGAUACAGUAGUUAGUUAGCAAACGUUAGCCCUCUGAUUCCAUCCUUGCUAGCUAGGCUAACGUUAGCUAGUUAACGCUGUCUACUAUGCUCUUCCGUUUUAAAGUGUAAAUAGCAACAGCUUCCUUCCUUUAAUACCGUAGCCACCACCAGAGUGAGCUCCAGUGAUGGCAUGUAAGAGCGAGUUGAGGUUCUGCUGCAUUGUGGAACAUUGAACCAUAGAGAUGAGGAGGGAGGCCAACAGAAGAAGGUGCCAAAACAUUUCAGUGUCACCGCUGUCAUGCUGUGGGACACAUCUAAUCUGACAUCUAAAUGCUUCCACGACAGAGAUGUGUGCAUGUGGAUGGGAGGUCUGAUUUUUCAGGAACAGGCAGAGGGGCAACUCUCAGAACAGAGCAUUUAACGAGUAUUACAGCCCUAUCAGGUCAAUCUCAUUUCAUUUGUAUCAAUAAGGUUUAUGCGAUUUGUCUCCCUUGAUAAAGGAUUUUUUAAAUAACAUUGCAGCCUUUUUGUUAUCACAGUUGUUAUAGAGGGUGAAUAUGAUGUAUAAUAUGAAAUCAAAUCAAAUUUAUUUAUAUAGCCCUUCUUACAUCAGCUGAUAUCUCAAAGUGCUGUACAGAAACCCAGCCUAAAACCCCAAACAGCAAGCGUAGAAGCACGGUGGUUAGGAAAAACGCCCUAAAAAGGCCAAAACCUAGAGAGGAACCAGGCUAUGAGGGGUGGCCAGUCCUCUUCUGGCUGUGCCGGGUGGAGAUUACAACAGAACAUGGCUAAGAUGUUCAAAUGUUCAUAAAUGACCAGCAUGGUCAAAUAAUAAUAAUCACAGUAGUUGUCGAGGGUGCAACAGGGGAGCACCUCAAGAGUAAUGUCAGUUGGCUUUUCAUAGACGAUCAUUGAGAGUAUCUCUAUCCGCUCCUGCUGUCUCUAGAGAGUUGAAAACAACAGGUCUGGGACAGGUAGCACGUCCGGGGGAACAGGUCAGGGUUCCAUAGAGCGCAGGCAGAACAGUUGAAAUUGGAGCAGCAGCAAGGCCAGGUGGACUGGGGACAGCAAGGAGUCAUCAUGCCAGGUAGUCCGGAGGCAUGGUCAUAGGGCUCAGGUCCUCUGAGAGAGAGAAUUAGAGAGAGCAUACUUAAAUUCACACAGGACACCGGAUAAGACAGGAGAAAUACUCCAGAUAUAACAGACUGACCCUAGCCCCCCGACACAUAAACUACUGCAGCAUAAAUACUGGAGGCUGAGACAGGAGGGGUCAGGAGACACUGUGGCCCCAUCUGAUGACACCCCCAGACAGGGCCAAACAGGCAGGAUAUAACCCCAUGAGCCUUGAUGUAUAACAGUGUCUUGCAGGCAUGGUAUUCACUAGAUAAAGGUAACACCAACAUAAAGUGUCUUAAUAGAGCGUUGGGCCACCACGAGCCACAACAGCUUCAAUGCACCUUGGCAUAGAUUCUAAAAGUGUCUGGAACUCUAUUGGAGGGAUGUGAUGCAAUUCUUCCACGAGAAAUUCCAUCAUUUGAUGGUGGUGGAAAACGCUGUCUCAGGCACCGCUCCAGAAUCCAGUGUUCAAUUGGGUUGAAAUGUGGUGAUUGAGGCGGCCACGGCAUGUGCUUUACAUAGUUUUCAUGCUCAUCAAACCAUUCAGUAACCACUCGUGCCCUGUGGAUGGGGUAUUGUCAUCAUAUGGGGAUAUAGCCAUGGUAGCCAAAAUAAUGGCCUGCCAAGCAUUUUUAUACAUGCCCCUGAAGAUCGAGAUUUGUAGCAAUAUAUAUACUUAAUUAUUACUUCUAAUGCAGUUAUGAACACCUGCUCUUUCCAUGAUGCAUACUUUCCAAGUGAAUUCAGGUGAAAGCUAUGAUCCCUUAUUGAUGUCCUUGUAAAUGAAGGGGAGAAGGAUUUUUAAGCCUUGAGGCAUGGAUUGUGUAUGUGUGCCAUUCAGAGGGUGAAUGGGAAAGACAAAAUAUUUAAGUGCCUUUGAACGGGGUAUGGUAGUAGGUGCCAGGCGCACCGAUUUGAGUUAAGAUCUGCAACGCUGCUGGGUUUUUCAUGCGGAACCGUUUCCUCUGUGUAUCAAGAAUAGUCCAUCACCUGAAGGACAUCCAGCCAACUGUGGGAAGAAUUUGAGUCAACAUGGCCCAGAAUCCCUAUGGAAUACUUUCGACACUUUGUUGAGUCUAUGCCCUGACGAUUUGAGACUGUUCUGAGGGCAAAAGGGGGGAGGGGGUGCAACUCAAUAUAAUGUUUUGUACACUCAGUGUAUAUCCAUAUAGAGAUCUCAAGUACUUUAUGUCAGAUACUGUGAGUUUUAACCCUUCACUUCUGCUCUGUGCUAUUCUUAGAAAGGGCCACAAUGCUGAGGGAUUCCUCUGGAAGAGAGCUCUACUUAUUCUGAGCAGUAAAGCAUUUAGCAUUUAAGCAUUCAGCAUUUAACACCAUAGUACCCUUCAAACUCGUCAUCAAGCUCGAGUCCCUGGAUCUCGACCCCGCCCUGUGCAACUGGGUCCUGGACUUCCUGACGGGCCGUCCCCCAGGUGGUGAGGGUAGGUAACAACAUCUCUACCCCGCUGAUCCUCAACACUGGGGCCCCACAAGGGUACGUUCUCAGCCCUCUCUUUGUACUCCCUGUUCACCCACGACUGCAUGGCCAUGCACGCCUCCAACUCAAUCAUCAAGUUUGCAGACAACACUACAGUGGUAGGCUUGAUUACCAACAACGACGAGACGGCCUACAGGGAGGAGGUGAGGGCCCUCGGAGUGUGGUGUCAGGACAAUAACCUCACACACAACAAAACAAAGGAGAUGAUCGUGGACUUCAGGAAACAGCAGAGGGAGCACCCCCCUAUCCACAUCGACGGGACAGUAGUGGAGAGGGUAGAAAGUUUUAAGUUCCUCGGCGUACACAUCACGGACAAACUGAAAUUGUCCACCCACACAGACAUCGUGGUGAAGAAGGCGCAGCAGCGCCUCUUCAACCUCAGGAGGCUGAAGAAAUUUGACUUGUCACCAAAAACACUCAAAAACUUUUACAGAUGCACAAUCGAGAGCAUCCUGUCAGGCUGUAUCACCGCCUGGUACGGCAACUGCUCCGCCCAUAACCGUAAGGCUCUCCAGAGGGUAGUGAGGUCUGCACAACGCAUCACCGGGGGCAAACUACCUGCCCUCCAGGACACCUACACCACCCGAUGUCACAGGAAGGCCAUAAAGAUCAUCAGGAACAACAACCACCCGAGACGCUGCCUGUUCACCCCACUAUCAUCCAGAAGGCGAGGUCAGUACAGGUGCAUCAAAGCAGGGACCGAGAGACUGAAAAACAGCUUAUAUCUCAAGGCCAUCAGACUGUUAAAUAGCCAUCACUAACAUUGAGUGGCUGCUGCCAACAUACUGACUCAACUCCAGCCACUUUAAUAAUGGAAAAAAUUGAUGUAAUAAAUGUAUCACUAGCCACUUUAAACAAUGCCACUUCAUAUAAUGUUUACAUACCCUACAUUACUCAUCUCAUAUGUAUAUACUGUACUCUAUACCAUCCACUGCAUCUUGCCUAUGCCAUUCUAUACCAUCACUCAUUCAUAUAUGUUUUUAUCUACAUAUUCUUAUUAAUUCUUUUACACUUGUGUAUAAGGUAGUUGUUGUGAAAUUGUUAGGUUAGAUUACUUGUUGGAUAUUACUGCAUUGUCGGAACUAGAAGCACAAGCAUUUCGCUACGCUCGCAUUAACAUCUGCUAACCAUGUGUAUGUGACAAAGAAAAUGUUAUUUGAUUUAAAGACACAGAGAAAAGUCUCCUAGAAGGGAGGCUAUUUCAGCCAGUAAAGAAACUUGAGUUGUUGAGCAUGUUGGCUCCUAGCCUAUACCGGCUGUAACUGACUACCGAGGGUGGUUCUGUGCCCACCACAUCAAAAAGUGCAUUAAGUGUGAGUUGACAGUAUAUAAGCCAUGUAAAACUUGUCAAAGUGUUUGUUGAAGCAGAACCCUUCCAUUUAUGUAUUAGAAAAUUAUUAAUCCUGGA